ACCAAAACAGACACUAAAAGUAGGUCAAUAGAUGCUGAGAGAUCAUUUGGGGGCCAAAUAUUUACGCUCAAAAACAGAAAUCACGUGUUCAGAUCGGAUUUAUUGUAAACAGCGCAGAAGAAGUUCAUUCAUUCGAUCUAUGUGACUGUGCUAUGUACAUUUGUCUACAAACGAUAUACGCCAAUCAGCUGAUCGGCGGUUAUUGAAUUUUUUUUUAUUCUCCAUCGGCAGAAUAUAUGCAUGCUGGUGAUAUAUAGACUUCGCUGAUAUAAUUAAGAAAUUGGAGAACAGCUGAUUGCAAUGCAAUGAAAGGUAAACACUGGUUAGGUCGCUAGCACUGAAGAAAAUGGAUUAGAUGCACAGCACUUUUUAAGGUUUAACACUUUAAAAUGGCCAAGGAUGAAAAAAAGAAAGUGGACAUACCAAAUAUUGAGAUAGAAUACACCCCAAGAUUUGGAAGUAAUGUAGACACUAGCCGACCGGCCAGGAAAGGUCCCCAGGAGGAGGAAUUUGUCCCUCCUGAUGGGGGAUGGGGCUGGGUGGUGUGCAUUACAUCGCUUUUAACAAAUGGGACAGCUUUCAGCAUCCUCAAUACGUUUGGCAUAAUAUAUGUGUACCUUAUUAAGGAAUAUGCACACGGAGACCCAGAUAUUUCUUUCAAGACAUCAUGGGUAGGGUCAGUCUGCACUGGCAUCACCUUCUUGAUCUGCAUCUUCGCCAGCAUAAGCAGCGACCGAAUCGGCAUCAGGCCGACGGCGUUUUUCGGCGCCGCCUUAGGCGCCGUGGGACUCAUAUCUAGUGCUUUCAUCACAAAGCUGGAACUCCUAUACCUUACCUAUGGCAUAUUAUUGGGAAUCGGCGGCGGAUUCGUGUACUCCCCAUCUCUAGUCAUUCUUGGACACUACUUCAAAAGGCACAUGGGCAUUGUGAACGGUAUUGUUGCCUUUGGAAGUUCCAUGUACACCAUCAUUCUGUCCAUCGUUCUGCCAAUUAUUCUGGAAGCGCUCGGCAUUAAGUAUACGUUUUUGAUUCUGGGAGGAAUGUAUUGUAUGUUGUUGUUUGGCACUCUAACUUGGAAGCCUCUUUUUCACAGAGAAAAUAACAUUCCCGACUUGGCUUUGUCCAAAGAGAGCAUUGUUGAACAUUUUGACGAUUGCUGCUCUUGGACCAAGAAAUACCUUAACGUGGGACUCUUUAAGAACCGGGCCUACCUAUUCUGGUUCCUGGGGCUUUCCACGUCGUUGUUUGGGUAUUUUGUUCCAUUUGUACACUUAGUAAAGCAUUCGCAAGAUGUCUUUCCUGGUUCGAAUGCAUUUAUUCUCAUCACUUGCAUGCAAGUAACUUCGGGUGUUGGACGGUUAGUGUUUGGAAAAAUUGCGGACUUCCAGUUCGUCAACCGAGUCUACAUGCAACAAUGCGCGUUUGUGGUGAUGGGCAUAGUAACAGCAUGCAUUCCAUUUUCGGCAAGUUUUGAAGGACUAAUUGCUAUUUGCCUGAUUUUGGGGAUCUGCGAUGGAGUUUUUGUCUGUUUGUUAGGUCCUAUUGCCUUUGACAUCGUAGGCCCCAUGGAGGCAUCCCAAGCCAUUGGGUUUAUGCUGGGGGGAUUCUCUUUGCCCUUGACGGUGGGGCCCCCAAUUGCAGGGUUGCUCUACGACAAGCUCCAUUCCUAUGAAGUGGCGUUCGUGGCCGCCGGUGUUCCUCCUAUCCUUGGUGCUAUUGUCAUGUGCUUUAUUCCCAGAGUCAAACAGAGUUAUCCCGCUGUAACAGAAACUCAGACAUUUGCGUCUAUCUCCAUGUUGGAUGUGCACCUUGCUAGUUCAAGCAGAUCAGCGCAAUUAAACCAACUGAAUCAGCAGAAUGGUAUCAAUGGACAUCCGGGAACUACCUCUGAGCUAGAAGUGGUCCGUAUCGUAGAACUGCUAGACCCUGCCGACCAGGAAGAUGGCAAGCUCCUAGACUCACAAAACAACGACAUCAAACACAGAUUGAGAAGUGCCUCCAAGAGUUCCAACGAAGAUGAACAAUCAGAAAAAGACUCAGACUCUCUUCUGGAUAAGGUAAACGUCAGCUGAUAGGAAAAAGUUGAUGCUGAAAGAAAAGAGGGCGUGAUUUUUGGUGUUUGUUUCUAUUUGUUGGACAUUUUAUCAGCUUUAAGGCCAGUGGUUGGUUGUGGCAUGUUGGAUUGAUAUCGACUUACCAUCUUUGAGGCAUGUUUAAGUCUACCAAAUGACUCAGGAUUGACGUAGAUAUCAAUGGUAUAUUUGUGUUGGUGAGGUUGUUGGAUGUUUUAUCUAUUGUGAUCAAUAUACUUUUUAAAGGAAAAGGAUGGAAAAAAAAUAAAAUAAAAACAUGGGUGUUUAUAUUUUAUAACGAUUUUACUUCAUGUUUAGUAUGAGAAACACGUAUGUAAUUAAAUUGUUUUUAUAUGAAUUGUUACAUAUGUAUACAUACCUCACAACGAACGACGGUGUUCUGGCAUGUGAGAAAUCUAUAUUUUUAAUGUUGUAUUGCUGCAGAAUAUAGAGUUAGUAUUAUACAGUAAACCGGUUGUUUGAGAAGCCUAGUGAGCUUUUGCAUAUUGUGUUGCUUACAUGUUUUUUGAAUCUUUGAAAAUUAGGAAAUAUGUAUGUCUAUGGUGUAAACUAUGAAAUAGAAAUGAAUUUAAGUGAUCUAUUUUGUAACGGUUGGCAGAAGGAAAGACAUACUUCUCUCUCUCUCUCUCUCUCUCUCUCUCCGAGAUGUAAGCUAAAUUUUAUGAAUUUUGUAGUAUAAUUGUUUGAGAUUUCUUAACCCAAAUAAAUCAUACUAUUUUAAACGUAAUGAGUUUUACCAGGGCCCCCGUAAAAUUAUCUGAAAAACGUCUUUAUGACAUAAUUACAUGCAUGAAAAUCUAUAAAAAAAUAUUUUGGCAUGAUACAGUAUUUUUUAGAUUGUUAUUUCAAUACUUUAUGUAGAAUAAAAAAGUUUGAACAGGC